CCAGGGCGGCCAGCCCCGCCAGCUCAGGGGCGGCCCCUUCCGGAGGCGGCCUGCCCGCGAUGGCACGGCCCGGGGAUCCUUGGAGGCUUUCCCCGUCCGAGCCCGCGCCGCGCAGUGGAGAAACGCCUGCCGCAGAAGGGAGGGGUGAAAAACCGAAGGUGUAUCAAGGUGUCCGGGUAAAGAUCACAGUGAAGGAGCUGCUGCAACAGAGGAGGGCACACCAGGCAGCCUCAGGGGGAACCUUCUCUGGAGGCAGCGAUGUCCACCUUUCAGACCCAGUUGCACCAUCCUCUGCAGGACUCUAUUUUGAACCCGAACCAAUGUCUUCCACACCCAGUUAUUUUCAACCCCGAGAAUUUUCCACUUGUAUUUCUUGCGAAGAAAACCCAAACUGCCUGGAUCAGAUCUUUGAUUCCUACCUUCAGACUGAAACACUCUCCGAGCCCUUGCUCAACCCCGCGCAAAGUGCUCCAUACUAUCUGCCAGACGGCUUCCAGGCCAACCCUUUCUGCUUUAACCAGAGCCUGACCCCAGGAUCGCCUUCAGAUUCCUCCACUCUCUCUGGCUCCUUAGACUACAGUUACUCGCCAGCUCAGCCGCCUUCAUAUGCUUCAGAGAAUUAUAGUUCUCCUCCCUGUCUGGACACCCUAAACCAUGGCUACCCCCAGGAAGACUACUCCUACCACCACUUGCCCUCGCACGCCCAGUACAACUGCUUCUCCACCGCCACCGCCUCAGUCUGCCGCUGCGCGUCCUGCGAGGCAGAGCACUGGGAGGCCCUCAGAGCAGCGGAGUGCUUCUAUCCCAGCACAGACUGUGUGGACUUUGCCCCCUUAGCAGCCACCACCAAUGACUUCUACAAAAGGGAAACAAACUGCGACAUAUGCUACAGUUAAUAGAAGUGACGUGAUUUAGAACACGGCGUGGGCAUGUCUAUCUUUCUACCACACCUAGAUGACACUUCAAAAUAUGCAACCUGUUAGCUAAAUAUCACAAGCACGGUGUACAUGUCACUGUUUUCCAUUGUCUGAUGCUAAUGUCAGCAUUAAUGUCAAGUCCUUAAGCCCAGUUAUAGUGCCUACCUUAUACGCUGAGAGUCACAGUUUUUGUAGGUGAUUUUCCAUUUACUUUUCUGUGUAACCAACAAAUUCUGUCUUUUUUUUAAACUAAUAAAUAAUUUUGUAUUACUA